GCGGUUGGCUGCGCGGGGCGGAGCCUGUGGCCCUGGCCGGGCUCUGAGUCCGUCUAGUCGCGUCCGGGUUGUUACUCUCUCGGGUUGUCACUCUCUCGGGUUGUUACUCUGUAGCUUCCCGGCUCGCGAAAGGGAGGACCUGUCUGGGUCAUGGAUUUUGAGAAUCUUUUCUCAAAACCCCCCAACCCGGCCCUCGGCAAAACGGCCACGGACUCUGACGAAAGAAUCGAUGAUGAAAUAGAUACAGAAGUAGAAGAAACACAAGAAGAGAAAAUUAAACUGGAGUGCGAGCAAAUUCCCAAAAAAUUUAGACACUUUGGAAACUCUGCAAUAUCACCAAAAAGUUCGCUGCGUAGAAAAUCAAGAAGUAAGGACUAUGAUGUAUAUAGUGAUAAUGAUAUCUGCAGUCAGGAAUCAGAAGAUAAUUUUGCCAAAGAGCUUCAACAGUACAUACAAGCCAGAGAAAUGGCAAAUGCUGCUCAACCUGAAGAAUCUACAAAGAAAGAACGAGUAAAAGACACCCCACAGGCUGCUAAACAAAAAAAUAAAAAUCUUAAAGCUGGUCACAAGAAUGGCAAACAGAAGAAAAUGAAGCGAAAAUGGCCUGGCACUGGAAACAAAGGAUCAAAUGCUUUGCUGAGGAACAGUGGCUCACAGGAAGAGGAUGGUAAACCUAAAGAGAAGCAGCAGCAUUUGAGUCAGGCAUUCAUCAACCAACAUACAGUGGAACGCAAGGGAAAACAAAUUUGUAAAUAUUUUCUUGAAAGGAAAUGUAUUAAGGGAGACCAGUGUAAAUUUGAUCAUGAUGCAGAGAUAGAGAAGAAAAAGGAAAUGUGUAAGUUUUAUGUACAAGGAUAUUGUACCAGAGGUGAAAACUGUCUGUAUUUGCAUAAUGAAUAUCCUUGUAAGUUUUACCAUACAGGAACAAAAUGUUAUCAGGGAGAAUAUUGCAAGUUUUCUCAUGCUCCACUGACUCCUGAAACACAAGAAUUGUUGGCUAAAGUUUUGGAUACUGAAAAGAAGUCAUGUAAAUAAAAUAGACAUAAAAAGACCUCAGGCAUCCACUGGUAUUCGUUCAGUAGCAAUGUACAGAUAAAAGAGUACUUAACGCCCAUGCCUGUUCAAGACUGUUCAAGACUGGUGAUUUGGAGUAGUUUACAAGAUUCCUCAUUCAGAGUGCCCUCUUGUGUGACUGGGGUGAUGUUCAGCUUCCAUAAUGGAUGGGACAGAGAGCUGGGAUCUAAUGUACAAGUGAAGGGCUUGGUCUUCACUGAGACAUUCCAGCCAUUGGAAUAGGAGAGGAGCAUAUAUGGCAGAGAUGAUGGCUGGUGGGUAAAUGUGAUAGUAAAUUGUAGAAACCUCUUCUGAUUGAUUGGAUUUCCUUAAUAAAAUAGGAAGCAAGGUUAGGCUGAGUGAGGGUGGGUGAAGAGGUAGAGGAAGUUUGAGGAGAGAGAACUGCUCAGAAGACAUUGGUAGAUGGACCAUAAAAACAGAGUUAGUUCUCUUUAUGACAUUAAAUAGUUUCACAACAUAUUUUUAAUGGUUGUUCACAAUUUCAUUUUAGGGCUUAAAAUAAAUUAUGGUUCUAUGAUUUUUUUAAACCAGUUUCCUAUUGUUAGACAUUUGUUUCAAGUUUCUUACUAUUAUAAAUAAAGUGAAACAAUAUCUCUUACUAUACCAUUUCUAAAUUUAGAGUUCCUAACUUUUCUGUUGUUAAAAUAUAAGAAUAUUUAUCUUUCUCAUUGGUUUAUAAACUGUAGUCAGAUUAUACACUUGUGUGAAUUACAAACUUUAGGAUUGUGAUGGAUCAUUAACACAAGAUUCAAAUACAAAUGUUCCAAGUACAAAUAAUAAUAAUGAGAUUCUAAAUAUGCAGUUGUAUAUAGUAAUAUUAUUAUUAGACAAAUACCAUGAAAUGGAAACUUGUCAUUAUAUUGUUUUAUUGCUGGGAAAAGUAUUACCAACUUGCUGGACAUACAGAGUACACCAAAGCUAGUGAUACUUCUUAGCAAAGUCCUAUUUGAAAAUAGGAAUCAAAGUUAUUUUCAUUGUUAUCUAAUCCUGCUAAAGCAAGAAAGGGAAUUGCAUAUACUCCAAGCAAAGGUUUAUCAGACAAGACCAAAGAAAGCAGGAAACAAGGGUAAAUCCUAGGCCCUGAGAAACAGGAAACUGAGGAAUGGAGAGCAAGUCAUCUCUCAAUGCCCUUUUGCUGUCUGCCCAGGUUGAUUGGUUCACUUCCCAGCUGUGGCUCAGGAGGAGGGCAAGGCACUUCUUAUUUAAGUCUCAUAAUAACCUUAUAAGGUGGAUAAUGCAAUUCAUUGCAUAGAAAGGGAAUAAAUAGGAAUACUUAAUUUUUUAAUUUUCAUGAGCCUUGUCAAUACUUGUAAUUAAUCUUAUACUACAGUCUAGCAGUUUAUUUCCUAAUAUUACCUCAUGUAUAGUUUGAUACUUAUGAAGUAUAGAUUUUAUAUAUAAAGUUUAUAUAUAAGGAAAAAAAAACAAUUCUUAUAUUCCUGAGGCAGUACCCGUCUCACUUGUAAACUUAAAAGACACAGCAGAGAUUUGAGGGACUCAGAAGUCAAAUAGAGUAGGUUAAAAACCUCUUAUUUUUCAAAUAAUUGUUUUAAGAAACAAGCGUACCUGUGUCAGUGAAAUAACUUGUGUUAAAUCAAGUUAGGAGAGAGAGAUUCUCAUGAAUGUGUCCUGUGUUGUCAAAGCAGCUGAUAGCCUGGGGGUCUCUCCUACCUGGGUUAUGGCAGCACCUCACAGCCAAUCGCUGGCCUCCAUGCUCCCCUUUCCUCUGUACAGUUUGCUCUGGUUCCUCAGAGCAGAUUUCCGAGUAUACUGCUUCAGCCAUGCCCCCACUGUGCCGUUCCCUGAACCAAGAGCCAUUUCUCUCAAGAGCCAUUCGUCCAAAGUUCUCUAUCACCUAGCCAUUGUAGCCAUACCAAGCCAGGCUUCCUACUUCCCUCUGCUCUCCUUGGUUUCCCUCUGUGAAGUAAAUCUCACUGACCCUUGAUGCAACUCCAAGCAUAUAUAAGAUAUAUAUAUAAUAAAACCAUGGUCUAAAAAAUUCAAACCAGGAGAAAUAAAGCAAGAAAGUUGUAUGGGAAAAA